UAGAAUAACACCCGCACGUGUAAAUCAGCUGAUAGCAAGAGAAUUUUCUCAUAAAAUAAUACCGUACUGUAAACGAGGACCCUUACCGGACUGUUGAUAUGUGAGCAGCAGCCUCUUAUCCUAACUAAAUAUUAGUUGUUCAUUAACAAAUAAGUGAAGAAAUGUCUAAACUAGCCCGGAGAUUUGGCCGUGUGGUCCUUGGAAUAUCAGGAGGAGUGGAUAGUGCAGUUUCUGCACUGUUAUUGAAAAGAAGAGGAUAUGAAGUCGUUGGUGUCUUCAUGCGGAACUGGGAUGAAAAAGAUGAAAAGGGACACUGUACAGCAGAUACUGAAGCUGAAGAUGCAGAAUGGGUGUGCCGAAAAUUAGACAUACCUUUCCAUGAAGUUAACUUUGUGAAGGAAUAUUGGAAUGAUGUAUUCUUGUACAUGAUAGAGGAGUACAAGACAGGUUUUACACCAAAUCCAGAUAUCUUGUGCAACAGGCAUGUCAAAUUUUCCCCAUUUUUGAAGCAUGCCCAAGAACAUUUGAAUUCUGAAAUCAUUGCUACGGGCCACUAUGCCCGAACAUCAUUUGGCGAAGAUAUGGAGUAUUAUAAUCCCCAAAAAGGAGCGAAGCUUAUGCAGGCUAUUGAUCGACUGAAGGAUCAGACUUUUUUUCUCAGUCAGAUUCCACAAAGGUCUUUACAGCAAACAAUGUUUCCUUUAGGGGAAUAUAAUAAGGCUGUUGUUCGCAAGAUAGCUGCAGCUGCUAAUCUUGACCGAGUGGCUCAGAAAAGGGAUUCUACAGGCAUUUGCUUUAUAGGUUCAAGAGACUUCCAGGAUUUCAUAUCUGAGUAUAUUGAAGACAACCCUGGCAAUUUUGUAGAUAUUGACACAAGAGAAAUUGUAGGAACACACAAGGGCAUACAUCAGUGGACAGUAGGUCAAAGGUGUCACCUAGGAGGAAAACGCAAAGCAUACUUUAUAGCAGAAAAAAAUGUUGCAGCAAAUGAUAUUUUGGUUGUUGCAGGCAGUGAUCACCCAGCACUAUUCACAUCUACAAUUUUCACAGAGCCAAUUCACUGGGUACAUAGACCACCCUCACAAAUUUUUUCAGAGGGGCAUUUAGACUGUAUGUUUCGCUUUCAAAAUACUGCUCCCUUAGUGCAAUGUGUACUAACAACACAUGAUGUUAACCCUUGGCAUCGUUCGCCAACACAAAAUAAUAUGGUCGUCAGCCUUGCAAAACCUCUACGAGCUAUUACACCUGGUCAGUUUGCAGUAUUCUACCUUGGCGAUGAAUGUGUAGGCUCAGCACGCAUCAUACGACCUGGUCCAUCACAGUACAUGUUAAAUGUGGACAACUGCAGAAAUCGGAUACUGGAAGAAAGGGCCAAACAAUCAUCUUUUAAUCUUCAACAAAGAAAGAAUAGUCCAAGCCCAAGUGAAGAAACACGGAAGGAUUAAGUAAUAAUGGAAUGAAUAAAAGAAUAAAAAUU